AUGGCGCAUCGAAUCAUCACCCAAAUCGUCCUCACCGGCGGUCGUGUCUUUGGCAAGGCUUUUGCAGAGGCAUACAAACAAGCACAAGCAUCCUCCCAAUAUGCGAAGGCCGCAGCUAAAAGUGACCCGGGCUCCCUCAAUACCGCCGCCGCUUCCGGCAUGACCCUGGACGAAGCCUGCAAAAUCCUGAAUGUCAAGCCACCUCAAGGCGGCGUUGCCAACAUGGAGCAGGUUAUGGAACGAUUUAAAAAACUAUACGACCUCAACGAACCCAAGAAGGGCGGUGGCGGAUCGUUCUACCUGCAAAGCAAGAUCCUCCGUGCGCGGGAACGAAUAGAAAUGGAAGCGAAAGCUGCCGAACGGAAGGCAGCUUUGGAAAAGGAAAUCAAAGAAGGUUGGAAGCCCAAAAUGUACAGAGAUUGA